AUGGCAGCGGAUAUGAGCGGCGAGCAGAUGCAGGCGAAGAUAACUGCGGCUAGACGCGAAGCUGAAGGCCUCAAGGAUAAAAUCAGACGCCGAAAGGAUGACCUAGCCGACACAACCCUCCGUGAAGUUGCACAGAAUCAGACCGACCCCUUGCCUCGUAUUGGCAUGAAGCCCCGGCGAACACUCAAAGGCCAUUUAGCCAAGAUUUACGCCAUGCACUGGUCGACCGACCGUCGUCAUCUCGUUUCGGCCUCUCAAGAUGGAAAGCUCAUUAUCUGGGAUGCUUAUACCACGAACAAGGUCCACGCCAUUCCACUUAGAUCCUCCUGGGUGAUGACCUGCGCCUAUGCUCCGAGCGGAAACUUCGUCGCUUGCGGUGGUUUGGACAACAUUUGCUCCAUCUACAAUCUCUCUUCUCGAGAAGGCCCGACCCGUGUUGCGCGCGAGCUUUCUGGACACUCGGGGUACCUCUCAUGCUGCCGGUUUAUCAAUGAUCGUCGCAUCAUUACCUCCUCCGGCGAUAUGACUUGUAUGCUAUGGGAUAUCGAGUCGGGCAGUAAGGUCACUGAAUUCGCGGACCAUCUCGGCGAUGUCAUGUCUAUCAGCAUCAACCCCACCAACCAGAACAUCUUCGUCUCCGGUGCCUGCGAUGCUUUUGCCAAGCUCUGGGAUAUUCGUACGGGCAAGGCUGUCCAGACUUUUGCUGGCCACGAAUCUGAUAUCAACGCCAUCCAAUUCUUCCCCGAUGGCAACGCCUUUGGAACUGGUUCCGACGACACCUCCUGCCGUCUUUUCGAUAUUCGCGCAGAUAGAUCACUUAACAUCUACCAGAGCGACCAAAUAUUGUGUGGCAUCACAUCCGUUGCUUUCUCCGUUUCUGGACGACUGCUCUUCGCAGGAUACGACGACUUUGAAUGCAAGGUCUGGGACGUUCUUCGAGGGGACAAGGUCGGAUCUUUAAGUGGCCACGAGAACCGUGUCAGCUGUCUCGGAGUCAGCAACGACGGUAUCAGCCUCUGUACCGGGUCUUGGGACUCAUUGCUCAAGGUCUGGGCUUGGUAA